GGUCAAUCAGAAUCAUGCGUACAUUCGACCGCUCUAGUGAGCAGCCGCAAUGUGCUUACCAUGCGACUGUCCAACUGCAGGGUGAACGGCUGACCAGUGGUCGCGAAUGAAGACUCGGCCCUGCGUAAAGAAUGGAAGUGCAUGGGGAAAAACACGCACAAGUAACAGAAUCACACCCCUCGUACAUGGUCGCGCUAUAUGAAACUAGCACUGCUGGAAGCCAUGCGUGCAUGCGUGCCCAGUUGCCCGUGUCUGACGAGCCAGAAUCGACAAUGCGCCGUAGGUUGUAUAGUAUUCGUCUUCUGGGUUCACGUUCACCUGUCAGGAAUGUACUUGCUCUUGCAACUGAUGAUCGUUCUAGGAGUCCGUCAAGAGCCGCGAUAGCGUUCACAAGCAGGCGAAGCACGGAUUUGGGAGAGGAAGAGAUGCCGACGGGCGCCAGCCCGAGGCUACAACUACAAGCGGCCAUGGACGUCUCCCAGCUCUGCCGUACCCUCCGCCUCGUCCUCGAGUCCGCACCAGACGCGCCCUCGCUCGACGACCUCUUCAAACAGGCUGACAGCUUUGCUGAGGGAGUGCGAGGCUCCCCUCACCGUGCGGCAAUCGUCGCCGCGCUCGAAGACGAGCUCCAGGCGAUCUACGACCCGGUCAUCGACUAUGCCUCCCUCACGCAGGCGGAACCUUUCCUCGGGUGCUCGCUCCGAGAGCCGAGGUUACCUACGCCUUCCGUAGAGUAUGCGAAGGGGCUCAUCAUAGCUGCCCUCGACGUUGGGUCUUAUGCCGACGAGGGGGAGGAGGAGCGCGAGAAGCAGCAGGAGAAGGUCAGCGGGUUCCGGCGGCGACUGAUGGACCUCUACCUCCUGGACGCUUUGAACGAGAGCUCUGGAGAUGACGUCCUGGAGUGGGCGACUCUGGACGUGGAGCAGCGAGAGAAGAAAAGCUGCUGGAAGACGAACCUGGAGGACGUUCUCAUCCGAGUGGGUCUCGAACGGCCAGAGGACUUCCUCACAGAGGUCUUCCACUGUUUCACGUUGCCGUCAUCGCGGUUGCAGCUCCUCAUCCUCCUCAACGCAUACACGUCCCAGCAGAAGUUCCCAGACGUCGCUGCCGUCUUGGCCUCCCAUAGGCUCACCACUACAAUCCUGUACUCCCUCCUCUUCGACAACUCCUCAACCGUAGCGAUCGUCGCUUUAACCGUCCUCACGAAGCUCCUCCCCAUCUUCGCAGUGAAGGCUGCAGAGCAGCUAAAACGUUACGUUCCGCUCCUCGUGCUCGUGCUCGCGCGCAUCGUCUGUUGGCGCGAACGAGAGGCCCCCACGCCCUCGGAGUUCUCUCCAGACGCAGAAGGCGCGAGCCAGUCUGGAAACGACAGCGAUGUCGAGGGGGGCCUGCCUGACGGUGCAUACACACCGCCGAUCCAUGAAGACAUUACAUGGGAGCGGCUGGAACAGACUUUCCUCGGUGGGGCGUCGUCUGCGCCGUCGCCCCAUCGGUAUUUCACAGUGCUAUAUUAUCUGUACCCGUGUAACACUAUCCGGUUCUUGCGGUACCCCAUCCAGUACGUUACCGAGUUUGCGAGCCAGAACCCAUACGCUGUGGAAUGGGACGUGGUACUAGACGAACCGCAAAUCAGAAGCAGGAGUGAGCCUUUGAUGCGUGGACACGUCCUGCACCCACACCUCAUCUGGCGGGGCCCUGCAGAAGAGCUGUCCAAGCCUGACUUCUGGGCUGACUACGACACCGCGGGGAUCCUCGGCGAGUGCACGAUGCUUGACGUGCGUAACGCCGCGCUUGGCAUGCAGCAGCGCGCCCCCGCCGUCAUCUCGCCCGAACUGUCCGUCCUCCCCACAUCCCCAGGCCCCACCCGCACUUUCGCCGACUCCCCCGCGUCCGCGUACGCGCUGCCCUGCCCGACAGUGCGCAACGAGGGCCUGUCCACGCCCGUGACAGCCAGUACGCCCGGCCGCCCACGCGUAUCCCUGCAGGACAUGAUUGCGACGUCUGUCGCGCUCAAGUCGGGGUUGGACGUCGAGAUCGUGCACCCGUCGGCCUCGUGGUCUGCCGAGGUGUUUCCCCCCGUACGAUCCCGCUCCCCAUCGCGUGAGACGAGCGAGCAAGCGGAGAGGACGCCCGACCGCUCGAGCGACGCGAGUGGGCAGGAGGUGUCGUUGCACGUCCGGCAGGCGCUCGGUAGGUUGCAGAGGGACGUAUUGCUGUUGAGGAACGAGCUCAACCUCGAGUUGUGGAGCUCGAGAGAGAACGUGAAACAUAUCGGGAGGUUGUAUCAGGAUAGGGUGCUCUCGAAGACGGCGGAGAUGGAGCGACAGGGCCUGCACAACAAGCUGCGCGAGUAUAAGACGGAGGUGAUGCGUCUGCAGCGGGCGCUCAAGGAGCACAAGGAGCAGUCCAACGCGGUGAAGAACCAAUUGCAGGACCACAGUAAGAAGGCGCAAGAAAGGCUGCGAGAGUUCAGGAACGAGAAGAAAGGCUGGAUGGAGGAGGCGGCUGUCAUGCGCGCAGCGGACAAGGAGGCAAAGGAAACUUUCGCAGCGCAGGGGAAGCUACUCGAGGAAGCACUUCAGAGGGUCUUCCAGCUGGAGACAAAAAUCAGGGAGAACGCCCCGAAGGUCGAUAGGUUACAUGACUACGAAAAGCAGAUUGAACAGCUGGUUACACUUCAACGCCUAUGGGAACUAGACGUCCAGAAGCUGAACGACCAAACGGAGUAUCUGCAAAUAUUCAACAGUAAAUACGGCAAAAUGGAGCUUAGGCUUGACACGUACGAACAGACUCAUGCGGAUCUGACACAAAUCUUAGAGAAGCAGCGUCAACACGUCCGAUCACUCGAAAGCCAGCUGGGUGCUACGCGGAAGCAGCUAGAAGGCGCACGGAAAAUGUCAAGCCUGGCAAGAAUGUCUAAAGCAGGCGAAGAGGUCGAGCAACUAUCAGCAGCGAACCGGCGGUUACGAGAGGAGAAAGAUGAUCUACGUGAUGAGCUCGAGGAGCACAAAGCAAUGGUAGAGGCUUUGAAGGCGACGGUCAGUGGUAGGCAGGGGCUCAUUGGCAGUGGCCGGACGUCGCGGUCAGGCUCUGGGACCCUGUGGCCCGCGGGAGAUGCGGGUGUGGCGGCAACGUGAGGCGACGGUUCGAGAAUGUUGAUGUCCGGUGGCGGUACGUCCCGCGGCGUAUGGGUGCAGUCUCUGGAUCCCAGAUGGUUGGAAUGUAGUCACAUGCGAUAAUACACUGUACUCUAUGUCUCGACAUGAACUGCUCGGUGCGGAGUGUGUCCGCAAGUCAACCGCAAGCAACAUCAUGCUUUAAUCAUAGUUAAGAAUCGGCUCGGG